AUGGCUCCUCGUACUCAAAAAAUUGUCCGUAAAAUACGACGAAAUGAUACAGAAAUCAGUCGAUGUAUUAAAUACCUUAUGUUUGGUUUUAAUAUUCUUUUUUGGAUUCUUGGUUUUAUGAUCGCUGCUAUUGGUAUAUAUGCCUGGAUUGAAAAAGAUACAUUUGAUAAUUUCGGUCGUUUAACAAUGGGUGGUACAUUAUUUUUUGAUCCAGCAUUACUUUUUGUACUUGUUGGAAUUUUUAUGUUCUGUAUUGGUUUUGCCGGAUGUGUUGGAUCAUUACGAGAAAAUACUUGUUUAUUACUUUUUUUCAGUUUCGCAUUGGCCGUUAUCUUUUUUAUUCAACUUGCAUUUGGUACAUUAGUUUUUAUCUACCGAGAAAAGGUUAAAAAUGAAAGUGAAAAACAAUUAAUGAUUAUGGUUCAAAGUUAUCGAGAUGAUCCCGAUUUACAAAAUAUGAUUGAUUGGAUACAACGACAAUGGCUUCAUUGUUGUGGUGUUAAUAAUUAUCGAAAUUGGGAAAGUAAUGUUUAUUUCAAUUGUUCAUCAAAAAUCGUUGGAAGUGUUGAAGCAUGUGGUGUACCGGCUAGUUGUUGUCGUUUAGAAUAUUUUCAUAAUAAUAAACAAUGUGGAUAUGGAACUUUAGAACCAUCAGCUGUUACACAUGCGAUCUAUACAGAAGGUUGUCUUCCAAAAGCAUCUCAAUGGUUUGAACGACAUAUACUUUCAGUCGCAAUAGUUGGUUGUAUUUUUGCUGUAUUACAAAUACUCGGUAUUUGUUUUGCUCAAAAUCUUCGUAAUGAUAUACUUGCUCAAAAAGCGAAAUGGACAUGGCAUACACAUCCAAUGAUGAGUGCUUAUCGAUACCAAUAA